AUGUCUAACGUACAAAGCGGGAAUGCCACUCCCCGUGGCGUUGGCGUCAACACCGCGAGCCACCAGCCCAUGCACACGCUGCCUCAAGUCGGCAGUGGGUUUCACAACAUGAUGAGCCAGGGGUCUUUUGUCGGGGCUCCUUUUGCAUUUGGUAGCCCUCCGGCGAGUGAUGGAGCAGCAACACCCAAUCAGGGCUGCGGGCCGUGCUGCUAUGCGGAGCCGCCGCCAAUGCAACAGCCACACCACGGAUUGUGGACCUGGAGUCGGGAUGGCCGGCUUAAACUAACAUGUGAGCAGCCGAUUGUGCCAGUUCCAGUCAUUCAAGAGAUUCACAGACGCGAUAAGAUCAUCGAAGUGCCUCAAGUAGAUGUCGUGGAUGCUGUGAAGCCAAGGGUGUACAACCAAGGAGUGGAGCACGAGGUCCCCAAAAUGCGCAUUGAUGCUCAACCAGUAACACUGGAAAUACCCAAGUACAAAUACGUGGAAAGAGAAGUUUUGGUCCCCAUUGUCACUGGAUACACCCACAAGUUCGUGCCAAAGUGGGAAAUAAGGGAAGUGCCUCGCCCCGUGGUGAAGUAUGUCGGCGAGCAAGAAACGAUUGAAGUCGAAGUGCCCCAAGUGAAGUUCGUGGACAGGAUAGUCGAGAAGGAAAUUGUGGUUGACACCAUAGAAAAGAAGGUACCCAAGAUUAUUGAGGUCCCGAAGUACGUAGACACGGUAAAGUAUGUCUGGAAGCCCGUGGAGAAGAUAGUGCAUGUCGAGCGAUUUGUGCCUAAAUUCGACGUUUCUCUUGAAUGCCCAGCACCUCUUAUCGUGCCAUACCCGGUCCAGAAGGUAACGGAAAUGCCGGCAGUUAUGGUGCGCAAGACCCCAGCAGAAAUCCCAGAAACAGAGGUAGAAGUUGUGUCUCCAGAUGGGACAGUUCGUGUUCCGGAGGAAUAUAUCCGCGAAUAUAGAAAGACAAAAGCUCAAGAAGGAGGCUUUCUGUGUCAAACAAUGGAGUGCUGUGGCGCCGACAAGGAAGACGAAGUGUUGUAUUCUGAGGGUGACCUCACUUGGAUGCAGCGGCAGGAAGAACAGGAGUCAAACACGGAUCAAGGUCCCCAGGCACCCCAUGGAUCCGCAAGAAGCAGCCCAACAGGAGCUGUGUUGACAAGGCCUCAUCAAGGAGAAGACUCUGAAGGCCGUGCCUGUAGCGGUGAAAGCGACGAAGCUCAUUGA